AAGCUCCGUAUAAAACCUGACUGUUACCUUCUCACUUUUCAUAUAUCAUCUUUUAAGUUAUACUUAUUGUAACUUGGUACAAAGAUUGACACAUUUCAACCUACGGUUUAAUUUGAUUCCGGAAAAAAUUUGUGUGAAAAUAUAUUAUGAGAGUUUGAAAACUUUACCAUGCCAAAGUCAUUUCUUGUUCGUGGUCAACACAGACCUAAGGCGACUACUGAGGUCUUGGACUCACAGCUGGAAGUAAAAAGUACUUUUAAACUGUUGGAUGAUGAAAAAUCUCCCGUACAAGAGUUCAAGAGCGAAAAAGACAUCCCUCAUCCCGCAGAAUUCAAAAAACGAAAAAGAGGCAAAACUAAGGAGGAUAUCAUCCAAGAAGAUGUUGUGCAAAAUCCCGAGGGAACACGAAGACCGUUAUUUCUCCCUUUACCAUAUGAACACAAAAUGUACAAUUUAAUGCUGCACUCUCCAGGAAGCGACAAAUUCGGUUUUAACAACCUGAUGUCACCCCUUUCCUACCAUUCUUUCCGGUACCAGGAACUGUGUUCUCCGACGUCCCCCGUUGCUCCCCACAUUCCGAGCCCGACUCCAAUUAUCGAUCCAGGAUUUUCAAAUCGAACAUGCCCAAAUCCAGCAACUCCGACAAAAGAACAGUUAGACAGCGUAAAUAACUUUGUAAAACCUUCCAUUUCAUUGCUCAAGCAUUCAGUCGUCCAUGGUGUAGAACUCAUUAACGGUGGAUUUGGUAUGAAAAAUCCGAUCAUUGCGCAUGCUCAGGAUCAGCGAAUACUGACUCCCCUAAGUAAUGCAUCUGAGGACGGCCAGAGCUUCACUUGCAGUAUCUGUACCAAGUCUUUUCCCCUUCAGAGGUUGCUAAACCGUCACCUGAAAUGUCACAGCGAAAUCAAGAGAUACCUUUGCACAAUAUGUGGCAAAGGCUUCAACGAUACUUUCGAUCUCAAACGACACACAAGAACACAUACAGGUGUCCGUCCAUACAAGUGUGUGACUUGCGGUAAGGCGUUCACCCAGCGCUGCUCACUCGAGUCACACGGGCGCAAAGUCCACGGGUUCAACUUCCAUUACGCCUACAAGGAGCGCCGGAACAAGUUGUACGUGUGUGAGGAUUGUGGUCACACGACCUCUGACCCCGGACAACAUUUCAUUCACCUGAAACACUUCCAUCCUCAAAACCCCGUCUUACUCAAGUUCUACGACAAAAGACAGUUCAAGUUUUCUGAGUCUUCCAACGACAGUGAGGAGAUAAUGGACCUUUCUGUUACUAAAAGAUAAUAUUGAUGAAAGAUGAUAAUAAUUAUAAUGUUAAUGAUGAUAAUGAUGAUGCACGUAUACCGAAAAUUUGUAAUUUUUAAUAUCUAUAUUUAUACAUGAUUUGAAGGAUAUUAUAUAUAUUUUUUAAAGUGCUAUUGGGGGUUCUUUGCAGCACAGAGUACACUUUUAGGACAUGGUGCAAUAAAAAAGAGGCGGGCCACAUACUUGCAAUAUACACCUAUCUCCUCUCUAUAUCACCUGUGAUCACAUUGAUAUCUACUUGUUCUCGUUAUGGCAUAUAUUUUAUAGAUUAUACGAUAAAUCAAUAUUACUUUUUUGCAUAAAAACAUUUCAUACAUGACUACCUUAGUUUUCUCUAUUUUUAGCUUUUUAGGGUAAUGUUUUCAUGCAGUGUAUUGUUUCUUGCACAUGAAAAAAUGAUGCAAUACGAAGAGGUAACAGACAAGCGUUGCUAACGGAAUUAUGCACAUCACACAGCUGUAGACAAAUUGCUAUACAAAGAACUGUGUUUUUAGCAUUUAAUGGUACAAGUAUAUGAUUAACUAAAAAAAGUUAUCUCUUAUUAAAUGUAGUGUUGACAAUAUCGUAACUCAACCAAAUGCAGUUAAAAUGCAAUGAAAAUUUUAAAGACUUUUAAUAAAUAAUUGAUUUAGUCGGAA